UCAAAAACAUAGACAACAAAGAGACUUUGUUGACCAUCUCAUCGUCUUCCACUCACACGCCAAAACUUCUUCUUCUCCUCUCGUCUUAUAAAAUUAUCUCCUUAUUUCUUGGACUCUUCACUGAGAAAUUUCUUCGAGCAAUUUCUAAUGGCGAUUUCAAUGUCAACAGCAGCUACAAUUCCUUCCAUCAAUUCUACCGCUUCUUCUUCUGCUUCUUCUUCUGCUUCUUCUAAGCUCUCGUCUUCAAUUUUAUGCUUCCCUCAACAACAACUUGGAUGUUUUCGGACCGGAAAUCUAAGAUUUUCUUCACACCCAAAACGUCGAAUUCUCACUCGGGUUGAGGCAAAGAAACAAACAUUUUCUUCCUUCGAUGACUUGCUUGCAAAUUCCGAGCAGCCUGUUUUAGUUGACUUUUAUGCUACCUGGUGUGGUCCUUGCCAAUACAUGGUUCCCAUUCUCAAUCAAGUCAGUCUUGAGUUGAAAGAGAAAAUACAGUUGGUGAAAAUCGACACAGAGAAGUAUCCAAAAAUUGCUGAUCAGUACAAAAUCGAGGCACUACCUACGUUCAUCAUAUUCAAGGAUGGGAAACCUUGCGAUCGCUUUGAAGGAGCAUUGGCAGCUGACAAGCUCGUUGAACGAGUUGAAACUGUAUUGAAGAAUGCUGAUGCAUAGUAAAUAAUUCCUGCAGAGGCGGUGAUGGUCCUCUCUAGUUUGUAUCAAGUUGCAGUGUAGUUUUACAAAACUCAUUUCCAUUGUUUUCUCUUCAUCAUUCGUUGCAAGGACUACCUUGACACACUUUUGUUCUUUUACUUCUGUAUUUCGGUUCCGGAAUCCUUUGUGGUAAAUAUUGCUUACACAAUUUAAUUUAUGGUUUAUUUUUCCCUUGCUUC